AUGAUACCAUCAGAAGAAAGCACUUGUCAGCAGCAAGCACCUCGUGUUCUUGGCGUUGUGACGAACACCUCGGGCGUGGCUCCGGAACAACUGCUACCCAAAAUGAAGAAGUCCCGCAAGCUCAAGAAUAUCAAGAAGGAACUGAUGAACUCCAAGUCUUUGACUCCCAUUAAAGAAGAAACCAAUCAGGGCACCACGGCUACUGCUACUCCAGUCAAGAGCAAAUCCAAAGUAUUUAAAUACGCUCAAUGGCGCAAUCUCGAGGGUAGCCUAAGGCUCACCGAAACGACCUUGUUCUUCAAGCCGCAUCCCUGCACGAGUCCUCGCUAUAGCAAAACUGCGCUCAAACGUCUUUCAUGGGAUCAAAUAGAAAACCAUCAAGUUCGUACUAUUGAACUGAACGUCACCAAAAAGUACCUCCUCAAACUUAACAUUCGGAAAAAUGCUCGUGGCCGGGAUCGUACUACUGGUAGCUCACAUGCUACCAGUACUAGUACGGGGAGCAGUUCGAACCUUAUCCUGCGAUUUUCCAACCCUGAAGAUCUCCACGAGAUUGAUCAGGAGAUUCAAAAGCAUCUACUAAGACGUGGGCCCCUCGUUUUGGACGAUUCAAAAAAGAUCGGCCCCACGUACUACCCCAUCGUUCGUCUGAACAGCAGUAUUCCCGGCAGCUUGACUCUCGAAGCCGAUCAGUUCGUCUUUGAACCAUUGACCAGCGAAGUACCGGUCCUGCCUGCCAUGAAGGUAGAAUGGGAUCGGGUCGAACAGCACCAGCGUCUCUUUCGCAAUCAGCAGGCAUUGCUCAAGCUCAAAUGCACAAAGUCCUUUCAACCAGUCAUCUUUCAAAUGUCAUCCUUGCAGGAAUCCAAGCGUCUUCAUCAAGACGUCAUUGAUCGAUUGGACCACUACCGCUAUGGGUAUCGGUCGAGCAACAAUCAGUUCAAAGUCCAGCCCAUCGAUACCAGUACCGGUACCGGUACCAGUACGGCAAUGACAUCUAAUAUGCUGUUGCAGCCCUUGCUCGACUCGUCCAAAGAUAUUCGGUCCCCAACCAUGGCCAACGACAACAACAGAACCACUCAGAGUAGCAGCACCAAGAAACAAAAGGGAAAGAAGCCUGACGAAAUCCCUACAAGUGCUUCAACCUCGUUCUUCCCGUACCUUGAAACGAUCAUCCUCGUCAUUUCGGUCCUGACUCUCCUCGCACUCUCCAGCGACGUCUUGCUCCAAACCGUUGCGGGAGAAAGGAAUCACAUCUCCAUCAUGGCACAUCUCCUAUCCACGCCUUCUCCAAUUCCUUCUGCAGCUGUUGAAGUGACACUCCCCGUUCGUCAGAAUCCUCCCCAAUCUCAACGAACUUCUUGGCAGCGUCCUCGUGCUACCAGCAUUUCCCCAGCAAAGGAGAAUGCAAAGGAGAAAGCAAAGUCCAAAUCUCAACUCAAUAAUAGCAACAUAAUUCCUCCUCCAACUUCAAAGACAGGCGUGGGUAAAGUUGAUUCGAGGAGCAGCACCAGUAUCACCAGCAGCAGCAACAAAGCAGAGAGUGGCAAACUCGUACACAACCGUCCCGAAAUAAACGGACUGCUCCACCUGUUGCAGGACAAGAACGAUGGAGGUGUUACGCAGAACUUGAUUCCUGCUGCUGCCAUCAAGUGGAAUAGAUCGAGCGGAACCCGAAACAACGCGAACAAGGACGCGAACAAGAGACCCUUCGCAGGGAUUGGUAAGAGAAUUGGACAAGUGGCAACGACUGCAGCCUCACAAUGGAUGCAGAUGAUCUCCGAAUCAACGAUUAUCAGGAUAGAGAGGAAGCAACGAUACUAG